GAGAAUUUUAGUACGUACUCCUACUAUAGAGUAAUUCUACGGUUCUUGAGGAGAUACCAUGAGGUACCAAAAAUUUAGUGUAAAAUUUGGUACCUCAUAGUACCUAGGUACCAAGAGAUACCAAAUUUACAAUAGAAAAAAUGGUAUCUCAUGAUAACUUCUAAAGGACCGUAAAAUUGCUCCCUACUAUAUAUACACACAUCCCCUGCUGCCAGCCAUGCGUGUGUUUGUACUUUCCAAAUUCAUAGUAGUAGCGAUUUGUGCGUAUACGAAUGCAGAGGUGGCGAAGCUGACGGCGAGCGAGUGGUACUUCUUCAGCUUCCGCGACCGCAAGUACGCGACGGGGUCGCGCACCAACCGCGCCACCAAGACGGGAUACUGGAAGGCCACCGGCAAGGACCGCGAGGUGCGCGGCUCCUCGUCGUCGUCGUCGUCGCGCGCCGUCGUCGGCAUGAGGAAGACGCUCGUCUUCUACCAGGGGAGGGCGCCCAACGGCGUCAAGACCGGCUGGGUUAUGCACGAGUUCCGCCUCGACUCCCCGCACUCCCAACCCAGGGAGGACUGGGUGCUAUGCAGGGUGUUUCAGAAGAGGAAGGGCGACGGCGACGGCCCGCAGGACAGCGGCGGCGCCGCCUCUCCCACCUUCACCGGCUCGAUGUCGACGACGACGUUGUCACAGCUACAGCCGCCGGACCACCGCCGCCAUGCAGCCGCAGCGGCGGGCGGCUACUACGUCGGUUCCCAGCAGCUGGCUGCUGGCUACGACUCCGCCGCCGGCUUCGCGAACCCCACGCAGCCGGCGGUGCCACAUUACCAAUACGGCGGCGCGGUUAUCGGGUUCCCGGAGGAGUUCGGCGGCGGCGGCGGGGUAGCAGACGAGUACGGGUUUGGGACAUACUUGGACUUGGGCUUCGAGCUCGACGACACGGCGAGUGUUCUUGGAGGCAUCAGGUCGUUCCCGCAGGGUUGGAAUUGAUCGAUCCCGGCACUAAACAAAUUUAUUUUGCGUACGUACGUACGUACGUAUACGCGUCAUAUACAGGGUCCGAUCGUUGAAUUAAUUAAUUCCAUUAAUUGUUUAUACAGAGUUUGUAUAGGUUUACGUCGUCUUAGAGUAUCUGUCCGGGUUUCGAAAGAUUGUGUGAGCUUGAGAUAUGAUCUCAAUUGAUGGAUCAUCGCGUAUGUGUAAGGCGAAAAAUCAAAUGUAAUAUAAAGAAUUCAAGUACAUUGUAGAGGCCGGAUUUUAAUCCAUUUUCUAUUAUAUACUAAAGAAUUCAAGCA